UUUUGCCCGUAAACAGUUGCCGUAGUUUGUGUGAACUCGUUGCCAUGGUUACGCCGUUAAACUUGCGAGCCAGUGUGAUAAGUUAGCUUAACUUUUUCUUUCUUUUCAGGCAGUAAGUAAUUUUAAUGCGUUUAAGACACGAUUAUGUACCUGAUUAUGAUUAUGUUGACUUGUUAGCUGUGGUGUCACAGACUGAAUAAAUUUAAAAUUGCCAAGUUAAGCCUUAGCCGUUAUUUUCUACAACAGAGAGAAGACUGCGACCGCAAAAAUAAAAAAUAAAAGAAGCCACUUUUGGCCCCCGCUGAACAAAAGUUUGAAUCCUAAACAUGCCAGAAUGACUUCUAUAAUGACUUCUCCGGAGAAAGAAGGAGACAACCGGCUACGCUUCGUCUUUGGGAACGGUGUUGUCAAAACACAGAUUCAACAAAUUAUGCCUGACGAUGCUGAACCGCAUGAGUCCGCCAAAAGCUGCUCCACAGAGAUGUUGUGUCUGAGGAGAUCCAAUCUAAAACAAGUCCCAGAUACUGUUCUGAGUAACAGCUCACUAACGUAUCUGUGUCUGGAAGGCAACCAAAUCGCCAGCAUCCCAGAUUCACUGUUUGUUAGUUUGCCCAAGCUUGAGUGGCUAGACCUCAGAAAGAACCAAAUUACAUCUCUUCCUGCAGAAAUUGGCUUUCACAGGUCUCUGAGAACACUAGCGCUAGAAGGGAAUCCAAUCUCAGAGCUUCCACCAGAGCUGGGAAAUGUGACCACUCUCAGAGCCCUGUGUCUGAGAAACUGCCCCAUCCGUUUUCCUCCACAAGACGUUGUGCACCAGGGAUACAAGUCCAUCCUGCAGUAUCUGCGGAGUGUUCUGGCAGAGCGGACAGUUAACACGAGGACCUCUCCAGCGGUGGAGAAGCUACAGCUGUCAGAAUUGAUAGAGUCCAAUAUGGAGGAGCAGGAGGAGGAGUCUGUGGAUGAGGAUGAGAUGAAGAAGUUCAGGGAGCUCAAAGACAAGUUCAUCCAACUGGAAAUAGCUGAGCUGGCCUCGGCAGCACACAGUGAUAACAAGCCAAAAUCACAGCUUCCCGUUGCCCCCAAAAGUCAACAGACGCUUCAGAAGAGGUGCACACAAGCCAAGAUGACAAAGGACAAGAAAAUGUCAGAGCACAAACAGAAGAGACGGGAAAGACAAAGAAAACCAGAGGAAACAACUUCAAAACCUUCUUCCAAGGACAGGAGUGGCACUUUUCAGGGGCCAACAUGUGCCAUAUGCACAGAGACAGAAGAGGGCAGAUAUGCCUGUGAGCUGCAGCAUCAUAUCCAUGCCCGUGCAGAGAGGAUACAGGAGAGGCAAAGGAAUCCCAGGGGCACUAUGGCCGAGCAGAUGGCAGUGACAAAGGAGGAUGUGGAAGAUAUGAGGAAGCUACGGGAACAACUUCUGGAAAGGAAAAGAAAUCAGGGGACACGUUGUAAAAGAUGUUUCUAUAAUUUCACCGACCCCUGGCAGAGCCUUUUUUCCUAAGUUUACUCAACUGUGGUUUGAGUUUUGUUGUGUUGAAACUCACACUGAAUAUUGAUUUUAAAAACAGCUGAUCCAAUAUAAAUGGCCAUUGUGAUCCUGAAAAUAAAUGUCUGAAGUCUU